AACAUCGCGCGCAGGAGCACUUCCAAAUCUCCCCACAAUUCGACAGCGUCAUUUCGCAAUUGCUCUAAAAAAUUAACUUUCGUUACUGAAGACCAGUUUGCCAUUCUAUUGGCAAGGAAUUUCUCCCCACUCCGCCAUUCACAGCCCCGCGGGGCAUCAGUCCAGGCUGCUGCUGCCGCAAUCGCGAACCCGCCAGCAGCAGCAACAAUUACACAAGUACUACCUUGACAAUGGCGCCUCCUCGACGGAACCUCCUCCCAAAAGACCGAUUUGGUCUUGCAUUUGGUGGUCUAAAAACACAAAACUACCAUGAUCCUGCUGCUCGUGGGCCUGGUUCUCAUACAAUUCGCACAAUAGCAUGGAACCCUACCGGUCAACUUAUUGCCACCGGAUCCGCAGACCGUACCCUUCGAAUCUGGAACCCUGAGCGCUCGCAAGUGAAAUACUCCACCGAACUGCGCGGCCAUACUGCGGGAAUUGAGAAAGUCGUGUUCAACCCUGUUCGAGACUCCGAGCUGGCUAGCUGCUCUACGGAUGGAACCGUUCGCGUUUGGGAUGUCCGGUCAAAGACCUGCGUCAGUCGUCUAGACGUUGGAGGCGAGGCAUUCACCUUGUCCUGGUCUGCUGAUGGAAGGGUAAUGGUUGUUGGUAGGAAGGUGAGCGAAACACCCACGAGCACAAAGCCGGUGCGCUCAGCACCAGGAACUUCACAACUGACCAAAUGCCCACCAUCUGCAGGACGACACCCUCAUACCCAUCUCCGUCGAAUCCCCAUCCACCCCAACCAUCCACCCAGACGGACCACCCAACGCCGCCGCAGCGCAACAGCAACAGCAACAAAAGCCCACUUUUACACCAUCAACCUACACAGCCCUAGAACCACACCCCAACCCAUCCAAACCAACGCAACAACCUUCUCACACCACAUCUCCACCCCUUCCUCCCCCGACCUCCACCUCUUCGCCACAACCGGCGAAGGCACCGUCAAAAUCAUCUCUUACCCGUCCUUCGACGUCCUCCACACCCUCCACGCCCAUACAUCCGCCUGCCUUUCCAUCUCUCUAGCACCCACAGGUCGCUACCUCGCCGUCGGGGGCAGCGACGCCCUCAUCUCGCUAUGGGAUACAACAGACUGGAUCUGCAAGCGCACUGUUUCGAGCAACAAUGGUGGAGCCGUGCGCGGCGUGAGCUGGAGCUUCGACGGUAGAUUCAUCUGCGGUGCUUGUGACGAGGUAGGCUGUGGCGGUAAUGGCUUGGAGAUCUUUCAUGCGGAAACGGGCGAGAGUGUUCAUACCGUUCCUACGGGGGGCAAUGCCAAUUCGGGGAUUCCGGCUGUCGCGUGGCAUCCUUCGAGGUAUUGGCUUGCGUAUUCUACUACUGCGGAUGGGUCGGGGCCGGGCGGAUUGAGAAUUGUAGGGGCUGCGGGUGGGAAUCUGUAGAGAUGGUUGAUAUUUUGAUAUUUCUUUCGCAUUUUGUGUAUGUGUGUGUUGUG